AUGUCUACCGAGCAGGUGUGGUUCCCUCGGAAAGUACCUUCGUACCCUCUCUUACAGUUCUGGACACUUUCGCUUUAUUACAAAAUCGUUGAUAUUGGUGUUUUCACUGCCGUUGCCCAUCCUGAAGAUUCCAACAAGGCAACAUGCGGGUUCGUUUCCCUAGACGGCUUUGAGGAGACAACCUUCUUCGAAACUCCAGGCCCUUUUGAGAUAAUUCUUCUGUCUGAGGCACGUUCAGAGCAGAUAGAGGAUCACGUUACAAAAUGGGAAGCCCCGUACCCUCUGGCUGCGGAUCAAUGGGAGUUUUAUAAUGUCAUGCUUUUGGAGUGGCAGGAAGGCAGUGCUGAACGAAGAGGCUUUGGGUUGCUUCACCAAGGUGCCGUAGAGUUUAGUAUAGAUCCUGGUCCAUCGUGGAAGGAAAUAUUCCUCGCAUAG